CACCGGGCUAGCGACUCAAGCGCACGUCGCAAUCUCAGUAAACAAUCAAUCAGUCCCACGCGACCUUGACACCUACUUCAGGCCUCUACCGCAGCAGGCAAUGCUUCACGUCGCUGCGGCUGUUGUCUGAAACGUCUCACGAAGACGCGCUUGUCUGCCGAAACGCUCGCCAGCAAACGGUUAAAAAGUUCCGGGUAGACGUUGUUGUCGUUGUUUGUACAAUCCCGCCGCUUCUAAACAAACGUCCCCCGCCCCGGCAUCUGUCGCCUACUGCUCUUCCCUACAUCAGCCCUCGACCGGAGCUAGCCAUCAUCAAAUUUUACUCUGCCGUCAUGCCACCAUUGCCAGACCCUUUAGUCUUGCGGCUGCUGCGGACUGACGUCGACAAUGACUUCGUACUCGUCAAUGUCCUACAAACCGGGUCUGACCCUCUCGAUGUGAAACUCAUCGCUACUGAUGGAGAGUUCCCUUUCGUCACCAACAUACUACAGAAAGACAUUCGCAAAUUGCAGGCUUCUAGCUCCCAGACCGAUUCGGAUCAGUGGCAAUCUAUCUUGUCUUCUAUUCUGCUCCAGUCUACUCCAAAUGAUCCUACUUUGACCGGAGUAGAAGCCGUGACCAGUCUCUCCUCAUCUCAGCUCACUAUAACUAUCCGCAACAAGAUUAGUGGCAUCACUCAACGACUUGGCGCAAUCGUUCUUGACAAGGAUGAGGAUGAAGCGAUUCAGCUAUACGACUGGACGGGUUUUGCUGUAUUCCGAGCAGAUACAUUAGCCCAUCGACUAGCUACUUUCCAAUCUACUGUGGCGGAACACCAGAAGAGAAUUGAUGAACUGACCGCUCAAUUGGAUGACCUGGUCAAGGCGAAGAAGUCUCAACAAGAUGAGAUGCUCAGAAAGUUUGCAGCCCUAUUGAACACCAAGAAACUUAAGAUUCGCGAUCAGCAGCGCCUUUUGGCUCGCGCUAAGGUCGACCCCAGAGCCGCAGAUCACGUUCAGCAAGUCAGAUCUACUACUGCUGGCCGCAAACCUGAUCUGUCUCGCUCGAGCAAGCGUAAAGCUGAUGACAACAUUCAAGAAUUUGAAACCGAUGACGACGACCUCGAAGAGACGGAUCUGGGGAAGCCCAUGAACGAAGCAGAUGACAUGCGUCAGGAACUUGAUGACCCCCUGACACCUGACAAAUCCGACCUUGAUACUGAGGAUGAAGAGAGCGACGGUGGCUUUGCUCCAGCCCCCAUGCCGUCUCAAUCAUCACGCUCACAAGCCUCUCUCCGAUCCAAACCCAAGACCUUGGAGACAGUCGGACCUAGCGAAGCUAAGACUGCAUUCAGCGAGUCCCCUGAGAUACAGCUACCACCUAGAAGGCAGUUGCCCUUUCCCAUGAGGAAUACUACGCUGUAUGCUUCACGAGCUCCGCAUCAGGCAGCCAUGUCCACGACUUCUUCGCAAACCUUGCCCAUAUCCUCCACGACCAUACACUCUUCAAAGCCACCACAUCCAAUGGACGACGACGAUGAGACAGAUGAUGAGUUGUAAAGAACUACAAAUGUUGACGCAUCAAUAUACGAGCGUUAGGCAUGUAAGCCAGCAUGAUCAGUUGGUCGAGAUUAGAUUGCAUUAGCUUUGUGCACUAUUUACAGCUUACCAGUAGUCAGCGACAUCAUCGCCCAUCUGGUCCUCCAUACUGCUCUCUAAACGGCAAAGUAUCUGAAGCAGUCAUAGAAGCGCGCCCUCCUUCAAGUGUCUGGAAAGCCACUGUCCUCGGUGUCAUCGGAUUCAGCAUGUUUGGCAUCCCUGGUGUCACUGAAUACUGCCAUUCUGCCUGUGAUCGCAUCUUCUCCCAUUCUUGCUCAUCGAGUCGGGCCGUUUCUGGCGAAUAUUCUGGUAUCUCCGUCUCUUCCACAUCCGCUGCUCGAGCGGACUUU